CAACUAUAGAAUAGACUUAAUAAUCAAUAAACCCAACUUCUAAAUUUUAUAAGACUUUUUAAGGUGAUUACAGUAUCCUAUUCAUAUAAUGCAUUGGUUUUCAACGGAAGAUAAUCCUGUAUUCAAGGAUAAAAAUAAUCAUUCAUAUAUACUAUCUAAUCAAUCAAAUGUUAUUCAAGGAAAAUCAGUGAACACAGAAAAUGAUGUUAAUAUCAAUGAAAAUUCAAAUCAUUGGUUAUUUAUAGAUGAUAAUCAUGAGAAGAUGAAUGUUUUGAAUACAACUGUAAAUAAACAAUUAUCAAAGAAGUGUACAACAGUUUCAACAGUUUCUUGUCUAUAUACAGAAGGAUUUAUAGAUAAAUUGGACAAAAAGAGAGAAUAUUUUACAACUCAAGAGAAAAUUCAAAAUGAUAAGGUGAAUGAACGAUAUGAUAACAGAAAUUUUGAUCAAAUAGAUCAAUUAUAUGAUAAAUUAAGAAAAAAGCUAUCUCAGAAUAAUUUACUAGAGCAAUACUUCUUAAUCAUUCUUCAACAUUUACUUAAAUCGUUACUUCUAAUGAGAACAAAUGAUGUCAUCAAUACAAGUGAAUAUAAAUAUACAAUAAGGAUGUAUAAUACACAUUAUAUCAUUGCUAUAUGGAAGAAACUUAUUGAAAAUUGUCAUUUACUAAUUUGUUCAACUAAACCACUUCAUCAAAAUAGUUUAAUCUCCAUUGAAACAUUGAAUCAUAAACAAAAUUAUCGAAGUAACAGUUUUACAACACUAUCACAUAUUAUUCAGGAUAAUAAUUACUCACGGAGUAAUUUAUUCACAUAUAAUCAUCAUUAUCAAUGUCUUGGAUCUAGUCAACCUGUGAUAAAUAUUGAUCAAAGAAAUUUUUAUAAUUUUCCUGUAACACUUGAUCCAAUCAACAUGAGUACAUCAUUCAGUGAUUUUCAAUCGAUUAAUUCAGAUAAUGAUGUAAUGAAUAUAACAGAUAGAAUUACUACUUCACUUCCUGAAGAGUUUACUAAACAGUCAAAUAGCAUUAAAGAACUAGAGAAUAUAGAAAUUGUUUAUCCAUAUGAAAGUAAUACAUCAAAUCAUAUAUCUCUUGAAUCUAGUUCCUCAUCUACGAUUCCUCCGAUACCACCACCGCCGCCACCGCCGCCGCCUCCACCACCACCACCACCACCACUGAUCACUUCCUCGAAAUUAUCACCAAUUAUAAAUACAUUCAACAAUAAUCUAUCUAGAGAUCAGAAGUUAAGCCAUGAAACAACAGAAAAUCAAACUGCAUUGACAUCUAAUAUCUUAUAUGGAAAUGAAAUUAAUACACAAAAGUUGAAACCUUUUCGAUGGAUUAAAGUUCAUAUAUCUGAACAGAAUAAUAAUACAAACAAUAAGAAUAAUAAUGUUUUUCAAAGAAUAUCUAAUCAAAAUAUUAAUAAAAAAUCAAUAUACUUAAUAAAUUAUAAUAAAUUAAAUAUUCUAUUUAAUCAACAACAAAGAUUUUUCAUUAAAAAUCCAGAAAUGAUUACAACAUCAUUAAAAAAGUUUAACAAUUCACUAAAUGAUGACAUCACAACAAUUGAUACCAAUGUUUUUAAUGGUUAUCAAGAGUUUAACAAUUAUACCAUUACACAAGAUAACAAGUUAACCGUAUUUCAUACUUCUAGUAAUAAUCAACUUAAUGUUUCUACUGUUUAUCCUACACGUGGUAGAUCACUUUCAUCAUCACGUACAAUGGAAUGUAUUCAAAAACACUAUGAGCCAAAUCUAUUGGAAAGUCAAAGAUGUUUGAAUAUCAAUAUUUUUCUGCGUCAAUUUCGACAUAUUCAUAUCAAUUUAUUAGAUUCAAUUAAUCAGUGUGAUGAUCAUGAAAUAAAAUGUUUUAAAAAUUUUCAAGGUAAUAUAAAUUAUAUGGAUCCUGCUGAAAGAUUCUUUUAUGAUUUAGUUAGAAUACCGAAGUAUUAUCUUAAAGUUGAUAAGAUAUUAAACUCUUCAUUAAUAUGUGAUUUACUUCAAACCGUUUUGGAAAUUGGUAACUAUUUGAAUAAAGGUGAUAAUCUUGGAUCUGCAUCUGGUUUCAAAAUUUCCAGUUUAUUAAAAUUAGCCGAAGUUAGAUCUAAUGAUCCGAAAAUAACACUACUGCAUUUUCUUGUUCAAGAAUUCAAAACUAACAAUCCACAAGUGUUAAGAAUUAAAGAGACAAUGCCAUAUCUCAAAGAAGCAUCAGAUGUAUCACUUGACUUAAUUGUAAAAGAAAUUCAUCGAUUCACAAGUAGAUUACAAAAUAUGAGUGAAUAUUUCAAUGAAGAAACUUCCGAAGAACAGUCAGAAAUCCAUGAGUUCAUUAAACGAUCUAAUGAGGAAUUGAAUGAGGUGAAAAUUCAGUUGAAAAAUGUUCAAGAAUUGGAAGAAAAGUGUGCACAUUACUUUUGUGAAUGUCCAACACAAUUCAGAAUCACAGAAUGUCUGGAAACUUUUAAUUUAUUUUUUGAGAAAAUGAAAUCAACUGAACAAGAAAUAACUGAAUAUGAGCUAAUGGACAAAGAGAGGUCAGAAAAAAGUCACAAAUUUGAUGUAUUGCAUCCAGUGGGUCCAAGAAACGAUGAUAAACAAUGUCGACCUUUUGAUAACAAUAAACAUACAAGUCAAGAUGAUCAUAACACAAUGAUGAAUCUAAUUUCAAAUAAUCUUUCACAUCCAAGACUAAUACACAAUCGAUCAAGAAGUCGAUCUAGUAAAAAUAAGCUUAGUUCAUCAACUUCUGUAUAUUCAUUAUCCAAGAUCACAUCAGAAGAUAAUAAUUUGAAUAUGGGGAAAAGUUAUUCAAGUCGAAUGGAUACUGCAUCGAAAUCUGUAAAUAUCCCGUAUUCCACAUCGUUAUAUGAACAUUUACCAAUAAGAAACAGAAAUGAAUUAAACACUAACAAGAUGAAUAUACGAUCACAACAAUCAACUGUUGGACAAAAUAUUCGUAAUCCCUCUAAAUUUCAUCUAUUGAAUGAUCCUGAAAUGGAACGUGAACGUAGACCAUGGUUACAAAUAGGAAAUGUAUCAGUGAAAUCAUCUGAUAAAGAACAAUUUAAUCAAUCGGGGAAUCAUUUCAACAAUGAUGAAGAAACAUUCUAUCAGUUAAAUGAACGUAUUAAACAACUGACAUCAAAAUUUAAUAAAAACGAAAAAAAAUAA